CCCCAAUACCCUAAACCCUAUACCCUAACCCCUAUACGCUAUUCCCACACCCUACCCACACCCUAUUCCCACACCCUACCCCUGUCCUAUCUCCUCAUCCAGUACCCCAGCCUCUCUACCAGGGAGACACCAGUCUACAGCGUCAAGUUCUCCAGUACUAGCAGGUCCAGUCGUCAUCAUGUUCUAUGGGUCGUCCUCUACCUCGGGGGCCUCCAUGUCGCUGCCCUCCAAGAGCCGUCUCAAACGCCAGAGCAGAACUUUCACGCAGGUUCUGUACCGGACUCUGAGUUACCGGGAUCGUCCCCCGGCCGACCACACCUCCCGAGACCGCCGUUCCGUCACCGAACCCCCCGACGACGACCGUCCCCGUGACGACCCCGCGGAACUCUCCACUCAGAGCUCCGCCCCCGGCGUCCUGAAGAUCUUCGGAGAUGAGAUCUGUGAGGGCGCCAACUACAAGUCCGUCCUCGCCACGCCCCGGUCCAGCGCACAGGAACUGGUCAAAGAGGCGCUGGAACGCUAUUCGCUGAACAAAGCCUCCGCCCACUCCUACGUCCUCUGCGACGUGAUAGGUCAGCUGGAGGGGGGAGGAGGUGGAGGUCAGGAGGGAGGAGAGGGCGAAGGAGUAGGACAGGGGGGAGGAGGGGGGUGGAGGACGGAGUGUCUGCGGGCGAUGGGCGACAACGAGAAACCGUUGUUGUUACAGGAACUAUGGAAGCCCAGAGAGGGACAUGCCAGGAGGUUUGAGCUGCGGAGGAGAGCGGAGGUAGAGGAGCUGAACGCUAAGGAGAAGGAUACGGUCACUGCAGAUAUCAACGCCCAGGCUAGGAAGCUACAGAGGAACAGAACUAAAGGAACUCUGACACUACCUCGACCUGGGACCACCUUCUGCCGUUCCCUCAGUGAGACCAGUCUCAACCAGUUGGGGGGUGCAGACGAGCCGAAGCGUUACUACUCCACCCUGCCGGGACCUCUGAGGACGAGGGGGAGGAGAGGGGGAGGAGAGGGGGGAGGAGGGGUGAGACAUUCCCUCUACCAGUCCCCUCACCUGUUGCUGCUGCAGGGAUACAACAGACAGGACUGCCUGGUGUACCUGUUGAACAGAGAGCAGCACACUGUGGGUCAGGAGACCCCGUCAGCCCGUCCAAACAUCUGCCUGUCCUCUCCUGACAUCCUGCCACUCCACUGUCGCCUCCACCGGGUCCCUGCCCCCCGUCACCAUGGCAGCACCCCCAACAACAACAACAACCCCUCAGCAGCCGUCGCCGCCGUCACCGGGGACGACCGCUCCUGCGUUGCCGUGGAGCCCAUCCCCCACGCGACGGUCCUGGUCAACUUCUCCCGGUGCGAGCAAUCCACCCAGCUCCGCCAUGGUGACCUCCUGUCGUUCGGAGCCCACUACAUCUUCCUGUAUAAGGACCCAACGGGUGCCAAACCACUCCCCGCCCAGACGUUGGCACGCCUCCGAACCCUGGGGCAGCUGUACGAGGCUGGGGGAGGGGGGGUGGAGACGGAGGGUGGGACGGAGGGGGGAGGGACCUGUAAGACAUGUGGCUCGUUGUUAAAGGACAGGGGGGCGUUGUCCUCCCAAACCGGCCCCCCCGCCAGGCGCAGUUUCAAACCACACCUGGUGAAACCCCAAGGCGGGGGGGCGGGGGGGACAGGCGUCGUAACGACGAUCUUGGCGGGACAGAACCAGAAGAGACGCCUACAGCUGGACUUUGAACAGGCCCACGAGGACGCCCUGGUGAGCAGGAUCAUGUCUCUGAUCGAGCCGGGCGGAGACGACCACAAGUUAGCCCCUGCCUACCUGCUGUGUCUCUGCAUACAGCACUCUGCUUCCGCCUUCCCACCAGGCUGCUUCGGCAAAUUGCUGCUGAAGAUAGUACGAUGCAUACAGACCGUCUCCUGGGAGAAGACAAAGGAAUUGGCACAGAAGCAAGCUCAGCAUCAGGACCCGGCCUCCCUGUCUCUCCUAUCCAUCAGUGAUCUAAUCCCAGACCUGCAGGUCGUAUUCUUCUGGAUGUCCAACAGUAUAGAGAUCCUGUACUUCAUCCAACAGAAGGCCCCAGCAUACACACAGGGCAUAGAGACGCUCGACUCUAAAGGUUCCAAGGAGUCGUUGCUAUCGGCAACCAUCUCAGCCAAUGAGGAGGCUAUGACCAUCCUGGAGGAAGUGAUCAUGUACACCUUCCAGCAAUGUGUCUACUACAUCACCAAGUCCCUGUACGUAGUACUUCCUGGUCUACUGGACUGUAACCCAUUCCCAGUGGACAGCUCUGAACCCUGCUGGAGAGGAGGUACAGGGUUUCCUGAGCCCGUUCGCAGGGUCCUGCAGGUGCUCCAGUGCAGUCAGGAGCUACUCCAGGGGUACCAGGUCCACCCAGAGGUCCAGGCCCAGAUGUUCUCCUACCUCUUCUUCUUCUCCAACGUAUCUCUCUUCAACCAGCUCAUGGACAAGGGUCCGUCGCGGGGCUGGUUCCAGCGCUCUAAGGUUCUCCAGGUACAGGCCUGUGUCAGGAUGGUUCUAGAGUGGACUAGGAAGGCGGGGCUUAGUUACCUGGCAGACAAGUUCUUCAACAAGUUCAACAGCGCUGUCAGCAUCCUGGCCACACCUCCUCAGCAGCUAACACAGAUGAGUUGGAAGGUGCUGUGUGCAGACCACCCCAGUCUGAAGCCGGUUCAGCUGCAUGGCCUGUUGACUCAGUACCAGUUGACAGCUGAGAUGGGGCCUGUUCCUAUCUGGCAGCCCGGCAGUGAGGAUGAGGCAUACAUAUACAGGACAGUGGACCUUUUGGAGAGUUUCGAGAACCACCCUCCCAUCGUCCUCCCCAGCGGGGGGUUCAGAGUGGAUCUGGACAGUGACUGUCUAGAGGACAGCAUCUAUAGGCAGCUGCUCUAUGUCAAGCACUUCCUCUGGGGGCUACGCACACACCCCACUGUCAACAACACACACACUCACACACACCCCACUGUCAACAACACACACACUCACACACACCCCACUGUCAACAACACACACACUCACACACACCCCACUAUCAACAACACACACACUCACACACACCCCACUAUCAACAACACACACACUCACACACACCCCACCGUCAACAACACACACACUCACACACACCCCACUGUCAACAACACACACACUCACACACACCCCACUAUCAACAACACACACACUCACACACACCCCACCGUCAACAACACACACACUCACACACACCCACUAUCAACAACACACACACUCACAAUCACACCGCGGUUAACGGGACUGGAACGAGCACGAGCACCGGGACGAGUACCACACCCGCAGACUGGCAGGAAGCACAGAGGGAGUUCCCUCCGUCCCACAACAGUCCCCGGUCAGGAGGGGUGGAGGAGUGGGUGAGGGACAGAACCCCAGGCCAAUGUCACAACAGUGUGAGGAGAAAUGGCACCGCCCCCCACCUCCGGCCGACCAACCAGGACCCUUCGUGCCUCCUGACUUCGCCCAACACGCCCCGGAACCCCGAGGGGGGUGGGGCUGACCUGGUUGGACACGCCCCCCAGGUCAACGGCUGCAGUAAUAGGACACCUUCAAUGGACAAGAAGAAAAGCAACGGACUAGAGGGUAAAGACUCCUGUUUAUAUCUGGGUAAUAUACACAACCGACUAGAUGGUAAAGACUCCUGUUUAUAUCUGGGUAAUAUACACAACGGACUAGAGGGUAAAGACUCCUGUUUAUAUCUGGGUAAUAUACACAACCGACUAGAUGGUAAAGACUCCUGUUUAU